AUGGCUCCCAUGGCCAAAAUCGUUCUCUUGUUUUGGCUAGCCGUCAGCCUGGCCAAUAUGGUUCAAGCACGAUGGUUCGAGCGAGCAUGGGUACAACAAGACACCAUCUCAAAUCCACCUAUGCCUCCUCCCUACACGCCGUCAAUGGCCGCGACACAAGAUGCCACUGUACCAACCGUUCCAUCAUCAGUGUUGCAACACACAACACCACCAAUCAACCUUACUUUUCCCAGUACCAAUACCACCACCAGCAACUCCAGCCACCUCCACCUCCACCGCCGCCAAUGCAUCUGGAACGAGCACACACUCCAAUGGGACUGCGACUUCCGCCUUCCCACCAUGUACGAGCUAGUAUCGCACUACCGAGACGGACACGACGCAGGGCGAGCAACACGCGAAAGCUCAGUCUGGUUCUACACCAACCUGCCCAUGCAACCGGCCGAAGAGCGAGCGCAGACCUUCCUAAACAUCCUGGGGUAUCUCAUGAGGAGCGGGAUAGACGCCUACUCGGUGAUCGACGGAACCAAUCGAUUCUGGCUGAGGACGCAGAGGAACCAUAUAACUUCCCACUUGGCGGAAUAUUGGGCUGCAAACGCCGUUCUGCGACCUGGAGAGGACGCGGGGAACGUCUUUGAUUGGUGCUAUUACCAAGCCGCGGCGGCUGCAACGCUCAAUCCGGAUGCCUAUCUGUUCACCCGUUCAGACCAAGCGUGGCGCUGGAACAGCGUCUGGCAGUGGAUCGAGUAUCCGCAGCUCGCUAGGAAUCUUGACGUCCAGAGAAUCUGGAGAAUUGAUCCACGGCCGGAGUCGCCUAGUUUCUGUGAGAGGCGGUUGCUUUGGAGUAGAGAGAGGAGAGAUCCGUUGCCACCGAUGCCGUGGGUUUGUCCUGUUUGA